AGACGAUAAAGUAAUUAAAAUCAGAUGAUUUAUUGAUAAGGAAUCAAAUUAGAAGAUAUAAAAAGAAUGUAUGAACAAAAAAUAUCACAGUGUGUCGGUGCUGACUCAAAAUGCGUGUUUUGGUACUUAUUGCUUUAUUAGUGGGAGUCGCUUUGGCGGCCCCCAACACCAGCAGCCUGGAGCGUAUCUCCGGGGGCUCGGAGACGAAGAUUCAGGAAUAUAAGUUCAUGGGAGCGCUGAAGAUCGGAGCCAUCGCGGUCUACACCUACCACUGCGGCGCUGCGCUCAUCUCCAACACCGUGGCCCUCACCACUGCCGACUGUGUCAAACUGACCGUGACCUCGACCCUGCAGCUGUCCGUGGGCAGCGCCUCCAGCGGCGGCCUCAUCAGCGGCUCCGGGCUGCGCAUCCAAGACGUCAAGAGCCACCCCAACUUCGACAGGCCCAAGCAGGCGUACGACGUGGCCAUCCUGUUCCUGCGCGACCGCGCCACGCAGUCCGCUACCGUCGGCUACGCCCGCGUCCCUGGAGUCACCUACAACAUCGCUGACGACACUGAGGCGGUCGCCCUCGGAUGGGGAACCACCAAGGAACCCGGCUGGUUCCCGGAGUCCAACUCCGAGACCCUCAAGAGCGUGACCCUCAAGAUCGUCAACCAGGAGAAGUGCAAGACUGACUACAAAUACCUACAAGGCCAGCCCCUCAACGGCUACCUGCCCGACGUGCACGACACGAUGAUCUGCGCCGCGGUGGUGAAUGAGAAGAAGGGCGCCUGCAAGGGCGAUGAGGGCGGCGCGCUGGUGGUCAGCAAUGACAUCCUGGCUGGUCUGUUCUCCUGGGUGUACCGCUGCGGCGACACCAGGUACGCGUCUGUCUUCACUCGCAUCUCCACUGUCGCCAAGUGGAUCAUCGAUGAGACCGCUUAAGAAUGAACAGCGAUGUUCAGGAAAUACAUUUAUAUAUUGGUAAGAACAAUUUAAUGUAUAUUGCUAAGCACAUAUCAGUAUAUUAAAGAUCAUAUUAAAAUAAG